AUGGACGCCGAGGCCGGCGUCGCCGGCGCCGACCAGCUGCCGCGGAGGCAGUACUACAUGAAUCUAUUGCUUUUAGCUUACCAGAGCUUUGGUGUUGUUUAUGGGGACCUAAGCACAUCACCUCUUUACGUUUAUAAAAGUACAUUCUCUGGAAAGCUCAGUCAGUACCAGGAUCAGGAGACAGUGUUCGGUGUGCUUUCCCUGAUCUUCUGGACCUUCACUCUUAUUCCUUUGCUGAAGUAUGUCACUAUUGUCUUGAGUGCUGAUGAUAACGGUGAAGGUGGACCAUUUGCUCUCUAUUCGCUCCUUUGCAGGCAUGCAAAACUCAGCUUGCUUCCAAAUCAACAAGCAGCCGAUGAGGAACUUUCUUCAUACUACAGAAAUGGGUUUGCACCUCGCAAUGGAUCUUCACCAUGGUUAAGAAGGUUUCUGGAGAAGCACAAAAAAAUGAGAACUGUGCUUCUUCUCAUAGUUCUCUGUGGCGCUAGCAUGGUGAUUGGUGAUGGUGUCCUUACCCCAGCAAUCUCAGUCCUCUCAUCUAUGUCUGGAUUACAAGUUCGAGCUACUGGUUUAGAGCAUAGUUCUGUAGUUCUCCUUUCAUGCAUUGUGUUGGUUGGUCUAUUUGCCUUGCAACACCGAGGUACUCAGAAGGUUGCAUUCAUGUUUGCACCAAUUGUCAUCAUCUGGCUGCUUUCCAUUGGAGGAAUUGGUUUAUACAACAUUCUUCAUUGGAACCCAAAUAUAUAUCAAGCUCUCUCUCCCUAUUAUAUGGUUAAGUUCUUUAGAAAGACAGGUAAAGAUGGAUGGAUUGCUUUAGGAGGGAUCCUUCUUUCUAUGACAGGCAGUGAAGCAAUGUUUGCUGACCUUGGUCACUUUAAGAGUACAUCUGUCAGGGUGGCCUUUAUUACCGUCAUAUAUCCAUGCCUUAUACUACAAUAUAUGGGUCAUGCUGCAUUUCUGUCGAAGAACACAUUUCACAUGCCGACAAGUUUUUAUGAUACUAUCCCAGAACCUGUGUUUUGGCCUGUAUUCGUGGUGGCCACACUCGCUGCAGUUGUUGGUAGCCAAGCUGUUAUUUCAGCAACGUUCUCCAUUGUGAAACAAUGCCAUGCUUUGGGAUGUUUCCCACGAGUGAAGGUUGUUCACACAUCGAGGUGGAUCUAUGGGCAGAUAUAUAUUCCAGAAAUAAAUUGGAUCCUUAUGGUUCUUUGUGUCGCUGUCACUAUUGCAUUUCGUGAUACUACUCUUAUCGGCAAUGCCUACGGUAUUGCCUGCAUGACUGUUAUGCUUGUUACUACAUUCUUGAUGGCAUUGAUAAUAAUCUUUGUUUGGCAAAGGAACAUAAUAUUUGCGCUAGUUUUCCUGGUGUUCUUUGGAUCCAUUGAAGCCGUAUAUCUUUCGUCAUCUCUCAUGAAGGUUCCUCAGGGAGGAUGGGUGCCCCUUGUGCUUGCUUUCAUAUUCAUGUCAGUCAUGUACAUCUGGCACUAUGGGUUAAGGAGGAAGUACCAGUUUGACCUACAGAACAAAGUAUCAAUGAGAUCCAUCUUAUCUCUGGGUCCAAGCCUUGGCAUAGUUCGGGUUCCUGGUAUUGGAUUGAUUUACACAGAGCUGGUCACUGGUGUACCCUCCAUCUUCUCACAUUUUGUCACUAAUCUCCCUGCCUUCCAUGAAGUCCUAGUCUUCCUUUGUGUGAAGUCAGUGCCAGUGCCAUAUGUUUCACCAGAUGAGCGAUACCUUGUCGGUAGGAUUGGACCUAAAGAAUAUCGGAUGUACCGUUGCAUUGUUAGAUAUGGUUACAAAGAUGUGCAGAGAGAUGAUGACAAUUUUGAGAACAUGUUAGUCAUGAGCAUUGCAAAGUUUAUUAUGAUGGAAGCCGAGGAUGCUUCUUCUUCAGCAAGUUAUGAUAUCGCUAAUGAAGGAAGGAUGGCGGUUAUAACCACCACUGAUGCCUCUGGCAGUCCAUUGGCCAUGAGAGAUUUCAACGGCCUAGCUGACUCCAUGACUACGAGGAGCAGCAAAUCAGAAAGCCUUCGAAGUUUGCAAUCCUCUUACGAGCAAGAAUCCCCAAGUGUAAGCCGGCGCCGCCGUGUUCGCUUUGAGGUCCCAGAGGAGGAUGACAUGGGUCAGCAAGUGAAAGAAGAACUCAUGGCACUAGUGGAAGCGAAACAUGCUGGGGUGGCAUACAUCAUGGGUCAUUCUUAUAUCAAAGCUAGGAGGAGCUCAAGUUUCCUGAAGAAGUUUGCUAUUGAUGUUGGCUACUCUUUCCUCCGGAAGAACUGCAGAGGUCCAUCAGUCACACUGCACAUUCCACACAUUAGUCUGAUAGAAGUCGGCAUGAUCUAUUAUGUUUAG